AUGAAUUCAUUAACUCCUGAAUAUUUAGAGUGGGAAGCUAAAUUAACAGAAUUGCCAAGCAUUUUGUCAGAUAAAACUCGUUCUAGGUUCUAUAAUAGAUAUAAGAAUAAAACUGGACUUGAUCCCUGGAUAAAUUCUGAAACUUCCGAAUCUAAACAAGUUGAAGAGGAUGCCAGCAAUCAUCUUUCACGAGACUGUAUCAUCAAAAUUUCUAAGUUUCCGGAAGAAAAAAGUAUAAUCCAUGAAGCUAUACAUAAAUGUUUCCCUUUGUCUUUUACUCAUUCGAAUGCAUGGUACCAAGAUGUUUUUAAAUAUACCGAUUCAGAAGCUAAAUGUCCUGUAUGUAAAGAGGUACAUACACAUCGAGGUAUAUGGGGCGAUUGGAGCUGUCUCGGUAAAAAUGAUCACUAUUUUCUUAAUUGUCCUUUUCGUAUUGAUCAAAAGAAAGUUAUUAUUGCUGUACAGAACUCACCAGAAAUUCAAAUAAGGGUACCAAACAAAAUCAGUAAUUCACCAAUUCAUCCAAACAAAACCCGCCUUUAUCAAUAUGCUGUUGAAAAUGACCUUGAUCCCGAGAAAUUUUCGUUUAUUACUAAGGCCGAAAAAGAUAGGUGGGCCAUGGGAUGCUUCCGCGAAGACUUGGAGAGAGAUAUACGCUUUUACCGUGGUGGAAUAGAAAGGCAGGAAGAUACUAGAAAAUAUCAUAAAUUUUUAACAGAUCGGGAUAGCCUAAUCGGAGAAGAAUUAUUACGUUGCAGUAUACUAAAAAGUGGUUUAAGUACUGCAUGGCUAGAUGAUCUGAUGAAAGAAUGGGAAGAAAUCCAUACUCAAUUUGUACAAAUUUUUAACCAGAUAUAG